AUGAAGGAAGCCAUUGGAAUGAAGGGUAAUGACCUGAUUAACACUCAGACCAUUUUCCUUGUUGGAAACGUUGUUUUUGAGCUACCAUGGUUGUUUCUAAUGCCUCGUAUGAACAUCACCUAUGUGGUGUUUGUGUGUGAACUGGGUUGGGCUCUUUUCACGUUUGUGCUCUAUCGAAUCGAGAAUGUUGCGGCUUUACAGGCCUUGAGAUUUUUUGUUGGUUCUUUCGAGGCUGUUUUCUUUCCAUCAGUUCACUUCCUGCUGGCUUCUUGGUACAAACCAUCUGAGAUCGGUAGAAGAGGUGGACUUUUCUAUAUGGGUCAAUUUCUUGGAGUUUUGACCUCUGGUCUUUUGCAAUCUGCCGCCUAUACGAACCUCAACGGUACCAACGGGCUUGAAGGCUGGAGAUGGAUGUUCAUCAUUGACGGUUGUACUUCGUUUGGAGUUGCUUUCCUGGGACUUUUCUGCAUUCCUGGUACCCCCAGUAAAUGUUACUCUCUUUGGUUGACUGACGAUGAAAUCAGACUGGCCAGAAAGAGAAUGGCUGAAAACCACACGGAUGUAUCUCCAAACGUAAAGAGCUUUUUCAACAAGAAGACCUGGAAGAGAGCGUUCACCUCUUGGCACUUCUGGGUACUUGGGUUUGCUCAAUUCUGUGGCUUCAACACCAAUAAUACCUCUUCCGGUUCGUUUUCUCUGUGGUUGAAAUCUCUCAAAAGAUACGAUACCGGAAAGCUGAACAAUCUGACUACAAUCCCUCCUGCUCUUGGGCUUAUCUGGAUUGUCAUUGUAUGCGGUGGUGCUGAUAUCACGCGGAAGAGAUUCGGAAUGAUCUUUUUCUCUUAUAUCAUCAAUUUCAUUGCAAACGUGAUUCUGGCAAAAUGGUAUGUUCCUGAACCGGCCAAAUGGGCUGCUUUCUAUCUCAGUUAUUGGUCUUGGUCUCAGAGUUCGGUUUUCAAUCCUUUGAUCAGCGAUAUGUUGAGAGAAGACAGUAAUUACAGAAGUAUCCUGUGGAUGAUUAUUUAUCUCGUUGGUCUCCAGGCCCAGGCUUGGGUUUCCCGGAUAAUCUGGCCAACUGUGGAUUCUCCUCGUUACCUCACUGGUUUCACUGCUUCUGCAGUUUUCAGUAUGGCCUUCAACUUUGCUUUGAUUGUGGCAUACGUCUUCUACAAGAGAGAUGAAAAGAGAGGUGCUAGAUCAUACGGUAUCCUGGUCUACAACUCCAACAAGAGCAUCCCACCAGAAGCACUUGAGCACCAUGGUGUGACCUCUGAGAAGGCAGAUUCUGAAGUCAACAGUGAGACCGAAUUGAUUAAGGCUACCAGUGCUCAAAAGGACGGUUUUAUCGUUGAAGAUAAAGCCGUUCAUGAGAACUGA